AUGGUGAGGCAGCGGGCCAUUGUGUCUCGCGGGACGACGUGCUAUGCAACCCGAGAUGGCCACGUCGCGAAGUUCUCGCGGGCCUCAGACAAGCCGAAGCCGGACGUAGAGCAACUGAAGUUACUGAAGAGCGAGACGUCAAAGGUGUGGCCAAGGCAGUGGCGCAUCGCCGUAUCACCCACCAUGAUUGAUCGUGUCACCACGAUUGCAGACAUGAGGGAAGCCCUGCGAGCGCGAGCACAAGUCAGCAUCCGAUCACACGUCCGACAACGCGUCCGGAUCCACGAGGGCGCGGUCCGACACCAAGACAAUGCUGGCCCAGGAGCUGAACGACCAGCUGCCGGCCGGCAAGAACAAGCCGAGUCUGAGACAGGCCGGGCGAGAAUCUGUGGGAGAAUAGGAUCUAUUUCUGCCUCGUCGCCUCGCCAGCCGGUCGCGUUAUCAGAAGAGGCAAGGAACUGCUGGAGUCAAUACCCAAAGACGCCAAUUGGAUGCUCAUCGACCUUGAUCGGACAAAGUAAGACGGACACGACGCAGUACAUGGCAGCCGAGGCGCUGUGCAGGUAUAACCACACCGACCGGAGCCGCUCUUCUUCGCCCUGCUUUGGAUAUGCGCGUCAGUCGUGGAGGACUGGGUUUGCUGGCCUAGGGAAGUCACCCAAUAAAAGCCGUCUUCGGAAACGGGAAAUCGGAGGCUUCAAGUAUAUUGCUGCUACGAAAGCAGGCGACAUGACGGUGGAUUGCCUCGAGGGGAUCAUGGGCGAGCUUCCCGAGGCAUUGGACGCUCUCCAGCCUCGUUGUUUUGAGGAUCAGCUCGAGACGGUUUGGGGACACGGUGAGGACGAGCUGGGAAUCCCCGCGAAAGAUCUAGAUUUCAACUUCGCCUGCCUCAGAAAGCCAUCUCUCAACAGAUGCGCCGCCAAGGUCCGCUAGUGCCUAUGUCCUGCGAAUGAUAUAACCCCUCAGCCGAGAUGUCUCAUAAGAAAGGCCUUGCUGGGACACCCAAAAGCGGGUGUUAAGUUG